UUCCUUCUUCUUCCUUCCCAAUUCAUUCAUACACCCAAAAUUCCCUCUGUAAAACUUGAGAAUAAGAGAGUUGACCAUGGCGACAAGUGACGUAAAGCUUCUGGGUGCAUGGCCUAGUCCCUUCGUGAACCGGGUUCAAAUUGCCCUCAACUUGAAAUCCAUCAAGUACGAGUUCCUUGAAGAGCAAUAUGGUACCAAAAGCGAACUACUUCUCAAAUCCAAUCCGGUUCACAAAAAAAUCCCAGUUCUCAUCCAUGGUGACAAGCCUGUAUGUGAGUCUCUCAUCAUUGUACAAUACAUUGAUGAGGUUUGGAGCUUUGGUCCCUCUAUCUUCCCUUCUGAUCCCUAUGAUGCUGCCCUUGGCCGCUUCUGGGCUGCCUAUGUUGAUGACAAGUUGCUGCCGAUGAUGAUGGAGACGCGGAAGGCGGAGGGAGUGGAGGCAAAAAUGGCAGCGUUUGAGCGGCUAAAGGAAGGGUUGGUGGUUUUGGAGGAUGCUUUUGCCAAGUGUAGCAAAGGAAAGGACUUCUUCGGUGGGGAUAGCAUUGGAUACCUUGACAUAGCAUUUGGAUGCUGCUUAGGGUGGAUCAAGGCGUCAGAGAAGAUGAUGGAGGUGGUGUUGCUUGACGAAACCAAGACGCCGGGUUUGGUGGGAUGGGCUGGGAGGUUUUGCUCACAUGAGGCUGUGAAAGGUACCCUCCCUGAAACAGAGAAGCUUUUGGAGAUAGCCAAGAGGUUUCAAACCAAUGCUAAAGCUUAAUAAUCUCCCAAUGAAACUUGGUCACUCACUUCACAAGUCAAUAAAUUUGCUCAACUUGAAUUGUCCAA